CAUUUCCGCAACGCGCUGGUUUUUCCUGGGGAAGAUGGCGACCGUCACAACAGCCACCUCUGAGUGGAUCCAGUUCUUCAAAGAUGCUGGGAUCCCUCCUGGACUGGCAGUCAACUACGCUGUGGCAUUUGUUGAUAACAGGAUUCAGAAAAGCAUGCUUAUGGACCUCAGUAAAGAAAUAAUGAUGGACUUAGGAAUUACAGUCAUCGGGGACAUCAUAGCCAUUCUUAAACAUGCCAAGUAUGUGUAUAGACAGGAUUUGUGUAAAAUGACAACCGAAGCCAUUUCUUCUGGACAGACCAGUGUACAGGCUGAACUGAGACGCACUGCUAACACUCCUGCCACACGCAUGAUUGCCAACGCUUUGAGCCGGGACUCCCCACCAAGCACGCCUGCUCGGCACCCUGACAACCGAUUAUCAGUGACAGUCUCCAAUGCCAGUGCCAAAACAGUGCCCAGCCAACAUGCAGAGGAAAAUGGAUUGGAAGUAAAACACAGACGGGUCACUAGAGAAAUGGAGGGGAAAUACAUCAUAAAUAUGCCAAAAGGCACAACAGCUCGCACCCGACGCAUCCUGGCACAGCAGGACAAAAAAGCUAAGGUUCUAAAGCGUACCUCAGUGUUUGACAGACUUGGGGCCGAAUCUAGGGCAGACACCACUACAACCACUAAGGCGCCUACAGGUGUGUUUAGCCGACUGGGCGAAGCAGAGGAAGACAAAGAGGUUGUUGGGAAGACCAGAGGUGUUACUGGGAUCAUUGAGGAUGAUGACAGCGACGGUGAGGGCUCAGUACUGCAGUACGCCGGCAUCCUAAAACGACCCCCAACUGCUUAGAAAAAUGACACUGUGAUUCCUAAAGCUAAAACCCUCACUCUGCGUCGGCUAGGCACCAAGUACAAACUUCCCCCAUCUGAAGGCACACCACCUAUCUCCUCCUCUACCUCCUCCAGCCAGGAACGGGCACCCAAACUGGGUGUCCUGCAGAGAUUGGGCAAGGCUCCUUCAGUCAACCCUACCUCCUCAACUCCUCAAGUGUGUCAGUCCGCAGAAACCCAGGACAGUCGAGUCACGAGCAGCAAAAGCAAAGCGCAGGGAAGCUUCGCUCUGGCCAGCCCCAAGGUCAGCAGUAGCACGGGUGACAGUCACGUGGCUCAGAUGGAUGCCGGGGCGGUCAGUGUAUUUAAGAGACUGGGUGCUAGGAAAACCUAAUACACAAACACCAGAAAAUGGUGCUGUUUUAAAUCCUGUUUUCCCUUCUAAGCCCCUCUCUCAGUGCCCUGAGUUUCCAUAUAAGAGUGUAAAGUGGUCGAAACUGUAGCACCACUGUUGAUGGUUUUAGAAGUUUAUAUGCUGUACUUCAUGCAGAUUAUGAUAUUAUGGGGAAACAAAGGGUCAGUUGCAAUCAGUUAUUGCACUGUGAAAUUAUACAGAAAGCUUAUUUAAAUUGUGUAACUAUUGUCACGUUUGGUUAUAGGAAUCAUUGUUAUGUCCGUAAAGGCCCACAUCCCAAGUGAUAUAAGAAUUGAUCAGAAUUUGUCAGAUAAGACAGACAUGUACAAUGUGCAUGGGUCCCUAGGACUGAAGUUGAGAUCCGCUCUUCUACUUUUAUACCUACUCUCCUAUGCUCUUGAGAGCAUUUUGAAACAUUUUUCCAGAUUAAAUCACGGAUUUGUAAUACAGAAUUUAGAAUGCAUGGUGUCAAACAUCAGAUUUUUCACUACAGUAGCCAAGAAACCUAAAUGAAAGUAUGUGCUAUGUUUAACACCUCAGAUUACUCAGUUACAGAUUCCUCCAUGAGUUGAACCGGUAAGCCCCUGUUCAGCCAUCCUCAUAUCUCCAUAUUUUUAAUUGGUCUUUAUAAUCACGAACAACCCUUUCAAUGACUUGAAACUGCACGUGUAACCAUUUCCGUUAAUGCGCCUUAUGACCUUAACUGUUACAUUUGUGAAGACAAAAUCACUUCAAAUUACAAUCUCGGACAGUCAGCAUCUUACAGUCUCUGCUUUUACAUUUCCUCAUUUGGAAUUCCAGCCUUACUGAUGUGACCAGGACAAACAGCGCAGAGGUAACAUUGGGAAUAGCGUGCUGUUUUCAAGCAACACGUGUAGGUGGACCCUUGUGUAUUUUUAAGUUUUCACCCCGUACAGUCACUGUAGAAAACAAGUCAUUGUUAUGUUGCAAUAGGAACUCAUAUUUCUGUUUUAUGUUGUUGUAUUAGUUUAUAAUAUUUUUUUAUGAAACCUCUCAAAAGCAAAACUUUCUUACAUUGUGUAUAUUUAAGAAAAAUACCAGAGGAUAAAAAAGGUUUUACCUGGAUACGUUUAUAAAGUAUUUGUGAAGGUUAUUUGUUUUGGGAAUGGAUUUGAAUAUAAAAAGAUAAA